UUCCCCAUACGCAGAUACAUAUAUAUAUAUAUAUAUAUAUAUAUAUAUAUAUAUAUAUAUAUAUAAUACAUAACUGAAGACAAACAAAGCAAAAGAAAACAAUAACUAAAAGUCAUGAAAAUGAGGUAUAGGCAUGGGAUAAUUCAACUCUUCUCUUGGUGUCCUAAUCCAUUUGCUGUCCAUGUGUUCUGCAUAUCAUCACCAUUAUGUUUUGGGCCUACCACGUGAAGUGUAGUUUGAUUGCAAAUUAUCAAUCAAUACUCCUCUUAAUAUGCAAUUUGGAGUAGCUUCUUCAACUUCUCGAAUUUCUCACGCGUGAUUAUUUUUGUCAUGAUAUAUGCUGGCUGAUCAUCACUGUUGAUGAAUUUCAUCACAAUAAGUCCUUCUUUGACGAGGUCUCAUAUGAAAUGAUGAUAUCUGCUGGCUGAUCACCAGUGGCUUUGAUCAGAUUAUAGUGAUAUACACUUGUGUUGUUCGUGGAGUUACAAUUUUGUACAUCGAUCUUACUCAACGUGGAGAUUUUUUUCUUUUGAGUUUGGUAUUCAACUUUUGUGUCAGAGAGCUGUGAUUUCAUAUUUCCUCGACUAGGGGUGAAAUAUGACAAUUAAAUACGAUCUUGUAUUUUUUUUGCACAAAAGAAAAAACAUACUGAUAAAAGUUAUAAAAGGUGUUCACUUUUGAUGAAUUGAUUAUUCUCCACUCUAUCGAUUAUAGUGUUUAUAAACUAAAAAAUUCUUAUAUAAAACUGAUUAGGUGUAUCUUUCUUAUUUGGUGGCUACUUUAAUUUUUAUCCUCGCACUUUUCACAUACUAUUAUAUUAUAAAGUUAAUUCACUAAAUAAAUAUAAUUAGUGUGAUUAUUGUGGAUUUUAUGGGUUAUCCGCGGUGGGUAGUGGAUAACCACUAACCACAAAAAUCGUUAGUUUACUACCCACACCCAACCCACUAUCCACAACUUGUGGGUAUGGUUACCCACAAUAGGUGCGGGUUGGUGCGGUUUGCGGAUUAUCCACAACCCGCAACCCAAACUUCCACCCUACACUCUACCAUUACCCAUACACAGAUACAUAUAUAUUGCAUAAAUGAAGACAAAUAUCCUAACAUAUUGGCAUGGCUCUUCCUUAACCUCUCCCUCCUUGUUUUCAACAUAUUUUCGAUAGAACUUUUAUGCAAUGCUUACUCUAAUUAAUACUCUAUAUUUCAUCUUAGUAAACAAAAAUUUGUGUUUCGUAUCAUAUAGGUGUGACUAAAGAAAAUGAUGAACUAUUUUUAAAUUCUCGUAUAUGCAUGUCUUAACUUUUCAUUGAAUUCUAUCGAUUAAUUAUGUAAUUAGGUGUUGAGCAACAACAAGUUCAAGAGCGCAACGCACAGGGUGAUUCGGCCAAAAGGAAGGAGCCGCUACUCGUAUGCUUUCUUCUACAACUUAUUGGGGGAGAAAAUGGUGGAGCCAUUGCUGCAGUUCACUGAACAUCUUGGGGAGCUGCCGAAGUACCGCAAGUUUCAGUACGGAGAGUAUAUGCAAUUGAGGAUGAGGAACAAAUCUCAUCCCCCAGAAAACCCUCAAGAUGUUAUCCACAUUACCCACUACUCCAUCAACUAAUAACUCCUACACCAUGUUCACUAAACAUCAAUCCUUAUGUUCCAAGGAGUUUGAAAUCAAAUAAAUUGUACUAUGUGAUUGUUGUCUUGCUUUUUUUUUUUUUUUUGAAAAUGAUUUGCAGAGUAAAUUUGGACAUAUAGUACAUAUUUAUAGAUAGUUUAUAUUACAAUUUAAUAUUGAAAAGGUGCAAAAGGCCUUUGAGGCAUCAAAAUUUGAGCCACAGCCCACAAGUGUAAAAGUUCACAUCCCUUCUAUGGUUAGCUAUCAUUUAUAAGCCUAUUUCUUUCUUUUCUUGACAUAUGCUAGAACCAUUCUCGACGGUGUCCUACUUUACUAAUAACAAGGCGGUAUGUGUAAUUAUCCCAACCAUAUCAUGGAAUUAGUUGUAAUAGAAUAAAAAAGUGGGUUAGAUAAGAAUUGUAUUGUGGCUAUAGAAUAACAUAAUACAAUAACUUUUCUAAGAGCAUUUCUACUAUGUUAUAUAGUAUUGAUGCUUUAAUGUACAACUCAAAGUUGUACCAUAACAUUAAAUGUAUAAGUUUAGGUUGUACCAUAAAACAAUUUGUACCAUUAUGUUAUGGUACAACUUUACAACUUGAAGUUGUACCAUCACAUAAAGGUACAAGUUCAAGUUGUAUCAUAAAAGAAUUUGUACAAAAAGUAUAGGUACAAUCUGAAGUUGUACUAUAACGUAAAUAUACAAUUUUAAAUUGUACCAUAAAAACAAAAAUAGCACCAAUACUAUAUAGCAUUGUAAAAUUUCUCCUUUUCUAAAUCCCUCUAUCUCUUCUUUCUUUUUCUCCUCCUCCCCAUCCUUCCUCAAUCUUACCCUUCCUCUAUGCAAAUUCUCGUUUUGUUGAAUUUACCACUUUUUUCUUCCCAGUUCACUAUCUUAUUUAUCUCAACUCAUAGAUGAAAUUGACCUUUCUUCAGCGCAUCUGUUACAAAUUGAUGUUAGAGUCUCUUUUUCUUGCAACCUUGCAAUUUCUCAGCAUCUUUCAUCGUUGGCCGAACAAUUAAACUUCAUUGGGAAUCAAGAAAAAACAUUUUUAAUUUGGUUAGUUAACUUGGAAGCCACACACCAAUCAUGGUGAAACUCACCAAAUUUACAGCUCCUCCUCCAUGCAUAAAGAGAGAUUUUGAAACCCUUGGGAAAUUCCAGAACACUUUUUCUGGCUCACUGAAAUAUCCAAUUGCUUCUCCAGCUCACAGAAUAUACAAAAUUCCCAAUUUCUCUGGUUCUUCGAUUAGUACUAUUAUCACGACUUCGUCCUCUAACCUUGUGGGUGUUCUCGAAUCUAGCAAAUCGGUAAAGAAAAAAAUAAAGAGGUAAAAUCAAAUACGAACAAUAUAAAAUAUAAUAAAAGGAAGUCAUAAAACUUUAACGAAAUGAGAGGAAAACGAAGGAAGAAUGUAGCAUCUUGUGUCAUUGGUUCAUAUGUCACUUGUGUUCUUUUCAUGGAGAAUAAGAAAAUUUUAAGUUGUUUUCAUAUUUGAACUCGAUAAAAAAAAAGAUAAAUAAGGUGGCACGAAUCAAAUACGGACAAAAAUGUCAAUUUUAGAAUAGAAAAAAGAUAAAAUAAAAUUACUAAAUGGUUCUUAUAAGUUCACAUUAAAUUUAUGUUUUCCCGGCGAGAAAAUCUAGAUGAACAGAAUUGGAUUUUGCACCCUUGACUUCUAAUCAAACGAUUGUGGGUUCGAGUCUCACCAGGUGUGCCAAUUUGUUUUCCGGCGAGAAAAUCUAGAUGAAUAGAAUUGGAUCUUGCACAUUUGACUUCCAAACAAACGAUCAAACAACACAAUUCACACCUCUUUGAACAAAGUUCAAACAAGGGUGUUCAAUGUUUUGAUGAACUACGAGGCAAAUCUACAUUAAAUUAGCCCUACUCCUAUAGAGGUUCAGUGAGAGCUCCAAAAACUACGCUUAUAUAUGGUUAAAAUCUGUAGAGGAAAAGAUAAAAAGAUAAAACUUGACAAGUGGUGUCGAGUUGUGAUUUUUGCGAACCCUUUCUCUGUCAUCUUCACCUCCUAUUUAUAGCCACCAGAAGUAACUGCCCCAAAAAACUGCUCUGCUGACGUGGAGUGACGGUUACCCUCUAAACUGCUAUGACGGUUACCCUGAUGUUGGAUGUGGGAUCCUCUUCAGUCUUGACUCCCUCCUCUUGAGACCUCAACCUGCUCUUGGCAUCUCCUUCGUAGUUUUGCUUAUCCAUAGAGUAAAAAUGGCUUAGGCAUAAAGGAAUACCACUUACCACAUAUGGGUGGUAUUUGAAUAACAUGAGUUAAAAAUGGCAAAAAGUAAUUCACCAUUAGUAGAGUAAAGAGACCACGUGCUCACAUGAGCCCCUUGCCUUGGCCAUACCAUGGGGUGUACGUUGGUGACCCCCCUUGCCACGUCUUGGGGUGGUGGUAUGAUAUUCACCCCCUUGCUAUGUCCUGGGGGUGGUAUGAUGGUGGCCACCCCCUUGAUACCUUCUGGGGGUGGUGGUAUGAUGUCUACCACCCCCCUCUGUGUGUCAUGGGGUGGCUCCCAUACUUAGCCAAAUUUGGAGAUGAAUGGCAGAUUUAAACUGAUAUGAUUAAGUUGGUCUUAUAAAGCCAUUUAAUUCCUUGUUUUUAACCGAUGUGGUACAAAGUUAAUUUUUAUAGGUAAACAAUUUUAAUGGGAAAAUGGAGGGUAAACUUAAAUUUUACAUAUAAAUAACAAAGUUAAUUAGGAUGUACAAUCUACGUGAAACAUAACUUUAACAGAUCCUGUCAAGAGUACAUCUUCACAAAUGACAAUAAAACUUGGAAACUAUGAAAUACAACCUGACAAAAAAUGUCCAAGAAAGGUUGUUCACGUACACUAUAAGAGCAAACACCUUCACAUUCCAAAGCAUCAAUGAAGGGAAUUCACCCCAUCCAAAAACAAAAAGGAACCAGAUUGAUAAACAUAAAUACCUACCUUUGUUAGAUACGCACGAAGCGAGAGAUCACCGACAACCAUCUAUUAAGAGAAAUUGUAGGAAGAACACCGAAACAGAGGAAUCCGAAGAGCUACCAAAGUGAAAUAAAGAUGAAACAAAUAAAGAUGAAUCAUUCAACAACAAAUCACUCAUCCCAGCUAGUUAAUCAACAACGCCAGCUACUUUUUUUUUCUAAAUUUCGACUUUCCCCUCAAUGAAAGUAAACUUGACGGCGACAUGUGAAUCUAAAUGGUUAUCAAACAAAACAUAUAAAUCAUCAUAAACCCACGACUCUACCUCUUCUCUGAAUCCGCGAUCUCUACAUUCCGCAAACCUGGUUUACAUUUCAAGAUGGAAGAGAGGACGAAUCAGUCAUUGGAACGAAAAAAAGAGGCAUUUGAAAUGCUGGAAUUGAAUGAAAUAGACUUACCAAAGGGAGAUCAACUAAUGAUGUAUGAAAACUGAUGCAGAGCUCGAGUCCUCUUCUACGAAGACGUUGUAGUCUUUGAACAAACCUCAAAAAAGAGAUGAAACAAACCUUUUGAGAAAGAAGUGAAACUGAACCCUUUAAGAACACAGAGGAAAACAAUUUCCUCAAAAGAGGAGGACCAAUUAUCUGGAACCAAAAUAGAAUCGGCCUAUCUUGAGCUUUUUGUUUCCUCUCUGGUCGGCCAAAUCAGUCCCUUCCUUUGAUCACUUCUAACCCUGCUAAUAUCCUCCGAAGAGAGAUAGAGAAACCAACAUAGAAAGAAAAAUGACAGGAAGAGAGAUAGAGGUUGAGAGACGUUGCUGUUGCAAUGGCAGAGAUGAGAGGAGAGAGGAAGAGAUACAUGCGCCUGCGGGUUCAUCCUUUUUCAUUUUUCAAUAUAUUCAGGCCUUUUUAGUUUAAAGCAGCGGCCAACGAACAUAGGGGGUUGUACCGGGUUAGGUGUAACACGAAUGGGCAGAAAAUAAAAGGGAGAUGUGGGUUGAAUUCUACCAAGCAAAAGACUGGAAAAUUCGUACCCAGUCACCAUUGGUGAACCCUUUUAGCCCCAAUGUCUCUCAAGCUCUCCACUUUUUCUCUCUGGACGGUCUCACUGUCAGCUUUUCACAGUCCCAUCAAAAGACAUGUCUCUCCCAUUUUCGAAAGGGCAAACAGAGUGAACGGUUCCGUAACCCCAUGGUGAUAAAGUUUGCCGAGUGAUCAACACGCGCGAGGGAGACUGAAAGGACCACAACCAGAAGGCAAACUCUGGGCCAAACACAACCGAAUCAUCAAGUCAAAUUCGAAACCAACCAGAUUCUCCCUGCACCCACCCACACUGGAUUCCCAUAUGAGUUGAACCAGUAGUUAUGGGUAUGUAUGUACAGUAAAAGGAGUCAGGAUGCAUAGGAAAUGACCAUGCUGGAUUUUUUUUUUCAAUUAGUCUAUUUUGCUUUUAUUUGUCCGAACUCCGAAGCUACAGCUACUGCACAUAAAUCCCCUUGGUAUAUGCAUGAGUUACAUAUGUUCACAACUGCAGUUGGAGGAUGCCACCUUGAUGGCAUGCAUGCCUGCAUCCUAACUCCAUAACUUCCCCUCUCCAAACAACAAUCUGACUGUGACAGAAACUUCACUUUCUCGUGUGUUGGUUUUUGUUUCAUUUCAUCUCUUGGCCAGGCGAAGAACGUCAAAAUGGUUGGAAUCACUAGCAGCAUCUCAUCAGGGUCAGGGAUCCCCGUCGUCGAUCUCUCCCCUUUCCUCGCCGCCGCCGCCGAAGACGAGAAUAUGGCCGUCGAGAAGAAGAAGGCGAUGGAGGCGGUGAAGGAAGCAUGCUCGGAGUACGGAUUGUUCCAGAUAGUAAACCACGGCGUCCCCACCGCACUCAUCGACCGAGCCCUCCAACUUUCCGCCGACUUCUUUGACCUCCCCGACGACGAGAAGCGCAAGUUCACGAGCAACCCAGCUGGCGGCGCUGCGUUGCCGUCCGGAUACAACAGCCGGCCUCUCCAUUCCCCCGAGAAGAACGAGUUCCUUCUCAUGUUCAACCCUUCCUCCCCCUUCAACGUCUACCCUACCAACCCUCCCCACCUCAGGGAAGUGAUGGAAGAAGUGUUCGUUUGGCUGAGCAAGACGGGAUGGUUGAUGGAGGGCAUAAUCAACGACUGCUUGGGUCUCCCCACCGGAUUCCUCCAGCAGUUUAACUCCGACAGGAAAGGGGAUUUCAUGAGUGUUCGUCGGUAUUUCCCGGCGGCGGAGGACGAGGACAGAGGCCUCACGCCCCACCAAGAUGGCAACUCCGUCACCUUCAUCUUACAAGACGAUGCCGGUGGGUUGGAGGUCUUAAGAAACGGAGUGUGGAUCCCGGCCACUCCUACGCCGGGCAGUAUCAUCGUCAACAUCGGGGACAUGAUCCAGGUGUUGAGCAACAACAAGUUCAAGAGCUCCAUGCACAGGGUGGUGAGGCCCAAGGGAAGAAGCCGCUAUUCGUUUGCAUUUUUCUACUGCUUGCCGGCGGAGAAAUGGGUGGAGCCAUUGCCGGAGUUCACGGAGAAAGUAGGAGAGCUGCCAAAGUACCGCAAGUUUCAGUUCGGAGAGUACACUCAGCUUAGGAAGAGGGACGUAAUCGAUCCACCUCAAAGGCCCGAAGAUUCUAUCGGCAUCACCCACUACUCCAUCAACUAGUUGAAAUUCCGUUUCUUUACCUAAUGAUCGUAUUGUUGAUCUCUUGUUCGAACGCAAAUAAUAAGUAGUAUGUGUAGUUAUGGUAUGUUGCUUCUUUAGAUGUUAGCUGUUAAUUGUUUUGAGUUUCUUUCUACUAGGAAUAAACUUGUCUUUCAGUAACAUCUUUUCUAUCAUGCGGAAAUUAAUGAAAAAUGCAUUGAUAA